UUCUCCAUCCACUGCCUUUUUCUUGAGCUUAUUUUAUACAUUUUAUGUAGGGCUAGGCAAGGGAAACUUUCACGCUUCUGCUGGUGGCCUCUCUGCCUCCUUUCUCCGGUGAUUCAUCUUCUUUCCUUGCUUGAAAUCCUCACAGCUCCUUUUCCAGCAUCCUUGUUCGUCUUCUUCUUGUUUACAUGUUAUAUAUCUCGAUGCUAGUUUUCACAGAAGAAAAAUGAUGUCUCCUUCUUCUAAAAUUAUCGCGAGCCUCCAAAAAGAGUUGCUGCUGGGGGAUCAACACACAUGAAUUCGAUCACUGCUCGGCAUGAACAGCUUGAGGCAGGAGCCCCACGUCGCUCAACAAAGCCGCCGCGAGAAGCUCCGGGUCCAGCACAGCCCGUGCCAGCCCCCCACCCACCGCCAAUUUCCCGGCUCGAGCGCUGGAAAUUCCGACCCAAUCCCCGAUCUUGCCCCGGUCCGAGACGUCUACUACCCGGCGUCCGCCAUGCUGGACCUGUCAGCCCGCGCCCAUAAUUUACCGUUGGCCGGCGCGGAAGCCUCGAUGAUCGGUCCGUUGCCGCCCAGCUUUCAUGAAGCGUCCGGUAGUCUCACCCGUGCCGGCGAUCCCCCGAGCCCGUGCCUCUGGCGAGGGCAGCCGAACUGCGACUGGAUGGUUCCGAGUUUUGUCGCUGCCGGCAGUGGAGCUCCGGCUAUGAUUACAAACCCUUUGGUUUCACCCAGUGUUUGCCACCCGAAGCCCGGCUUCUUGGGUUGUCGGGACGCAUCCAGCGAGCUUUCUAACCAAGAGACCCACCAACAGCAGUAUGGGGACUUGCACUUCCCCUCUUCCCAAUUCUACCAUCACGGUCUCCAAGAGGUGGUCACCUCCUCUUCCUCCACCGCGGGAAAUCAUGGCCACGAAUUGGCCUCUAUCGUCCAGCCCUCGAGCGUUCGCGAGCCGGGUCAUCCGUGUUCGUGGGUCGACAGUGGGAAUGAGCUGCUGCUGCUGCCAAGCUACGGUGAGCAGCCGAACACGGUGUGGGUGAGUCGGCCGCCUGCGCAAUGGAACGCGGAAGGAGGGUUUGCAAGGGGUAAAGUUGUUGGAGAGGUAUUUAAUACCGUGGGAAGUGAGGGUGGGACGCAAGGUCUGUCCCUAUCGCUCAACCCGGUGGCGGAUCUCCCUGUGGGUCAGUUGGGAGAGAGGUUUGGACUGCCAAAUGAAGCCGGGCAGUCCGGCCCGCACCCCAAGUCCUCGAUCUGUGAUAGAGGUUAUGGGGUCUCACUUCAAGGUAUCGUGAGCUCGUCGGUGGAUGCUCGGAGGGGCGCGGGGCCGCUCGGGCCUUUUACGGGAUAUUCCACGAUUCUCAAGAGCUCCAAGUUUUUGAAGCCGGCUCAGCAGCUGUUGGAUGAGUUUUGUAGCGCUGUGACGGGGCCCAAGCUUUUGGAGCAUCGUGAUGAGGGUGGGAGGAGUUGCCAGGUCGCGAGUGCUGAUCGUGGUGAUGCAGUGGUGGGCGAGAAAGAGAAUAGUGGGAGGAGAGGGCAUCCGGCGGUGUCGUCGUCUUCGCCGAAUGAUUCGAUGGAAGGUGGUGGGGAAGGCGGUGUUAGUGGGGAGGCUUCUCAAAGUCAUCACCCCGAGAUCCAGCAGAAGAAGGCGAAGCUCUUGUACAUGCUGGAAGAGGUAUGCAGACGGUACAAGCAAUACCACCAACAAGUGCAAAUGGUGGUCUCUGCUUUUGAAUCUGUAGCAGGCCUCAGCUCUGCCACGCCUUACGCUUCACUAGCCCUCAAGACUGUGUCAAAGAACUUCCGGUGCAUGCGAAAUGCUAUAUCUGAUCAGCUCCGACGCAUAAGCAAAGGGCUGGGCGAGGAGUUCAUGUCAUCACCCAGUUCCAGUAGAGGUGAAACGAUCACGACCCCAAAGUUUAAACACAUCAAUCAGAGCUUCCCAGAGCAAAAGGCAGGUGAGAACAGCUUAGGUUUUAUGGGUCAGAAUCAGCCGGUGUGGAGGCCUCAGAGAGGCCUGCCGGAGCGUGCUGUGGCUGUUUUGAGAGCCUGGUUGUUCGAUCAUUUCCUUCAUCCGUAUCCUACUGAUACGGACAAGCACAUGCUAGCGACUCAAACUGGCCUGUCACGGAACCAGGUUUCCAACUGGUUCAUUAAUGCCCGGGUGCGGCUUUGGAAGCCAAUGGUUGAAGAGAUCCACAUGCUUGAAACCAAAGGAAUGAAGGGGGUAGAUCUCAACUCUGGCAACAGAAGCGAUGCUAACAAGCCACCCAUGGAUGAUGCGGGGCGACCUUCUAACGGUCAGAGGCCAGAAUCCGAGUGUAACAAGCCAUUGCAUUGUUGUUCCUCCAUGGAGCCUCUUUUGAAUGAUGAGGGUUCCCAGAGUAUGGAGCAGUGGCAUUGUGAUAAGCGAUCGAGGAUGGACGAGUGUGGGAUGCAGCCGAGCAUGGAUGGGAACUUGAUAAGCUUUGGAACGUACCAGGGUGCCAUGGAUAUUGGAGGGCUUGGAGCGGUGUCUCUCACACUGGGCCUCAGGCAAGAGGGUGGACAGCAGCAGCAGCAGCAGCAGCAGCAGCAGAUGAGGCACUUUGGAAGUCAGAUGCUGCGCGACUUUGUGGGUUGAGCAAUCUUUGUUGGAAUUGUUUUGUUGCUAGUGCCCGGAUGUGCUGGGGAGCAGCUCUGGCAAAUAUUUGUGGUGAUAUGAGAAUGUGAGCACAUACAAAGACUAGUUUUCAGAAAAAGGGUGAGCAUUGUAUUGUAGGAUAGGGGAAAGGUCCAUUGUAUGAUUUGUAAUGCUGCUAUUCGUUUGCUGACAUAUUGUAACUGGCGAAGUUUUGGUGGUUUUCAAAGACUUUGAUUUAGUGCUGUUGUAAAAUUCUGUCGUCUUCUGCUCUUAA